AUGGUUGUAGGAGCAAAUCUUAAGGUACACACUGAAUAUAUAAGUGUUCUGGUACCACCACCAUCGAAGGAACAUGAACAGUUAGAAUCUGGUUAUAAUUCUUCAACAUCAGCAUCAUGUUCAGAAAUUCUUCCAAAGAUCAAAAGGCCAAUAACUGCACAGCAAGAUAAGCAUGGUGAAAAAAAGUCAAUAUUUCCGGUUAACUCUGAUCAUUCAACAAUAGUACAACAUAACUUACAACAACGUCAAACAAAACACGCGUUACAACAGAUUAAUCAUACUCCAAUCACCACAUAUCGUCGUCUAAAGACAGCCAAUUCAUUAAUAUCGGUGGAUAUGAUGGUAACAAAAGAGUUCAAAUCAAAUCAAACGAAUAUUUCAAGUGAUCGCAGUCCUUGUCUGCUCACUCUCUCAAAAUAUCAGAAAGAAAUUGCCAACUAUUCUGAUGACUGGGAAUCAGAUUAUUCAGACGAUUGCAUAUCGGAUUGUGCAGAUAAUUGGAGACCAGCUUCAAAAGAAACACCAAAACCUACAAAAAUACCUAUGCAAAAAGAAUCUAUAAGUGAUUUAAAAACAGAUUCGAAAGAAGCAACAAAACCUACGAACGUGUCAACGCAAAAGGAAUCUACAAGUGAUUUAAAAACAGAUCUGAAAGAACCACUAACGUUUAUAAAUGUACGCGAACAACCUCAGUUUGAAACGGAUUCAUCGAAUAAUAAUAUACGUCUAGUGCCAUCUGAUCUCAACGCUUUUGAACCUGCGUUCUGUCAGCAACGCCAAGCAGCCAUCAACAAUAUGGCCUAUCGAACAGCAGUUCAUAGCUGGAAGGCAAGAAUUCAAUUUGGAUUACAAGUUCCAGAUGGUUUCAAUGGAAGAAAGACUUUUCCAACAACAUAUUCUACAUUCAGCAAACAUAAAUGUCAAAUCAUGGGACCUUUUGAUGGCAGUCUCAAAGCGGGCUCAAAAGUGACGAUUCAAUGUCGUAUUCCUGGUGCUUAUUGUGCUCGACUUUUACUUGAUGAAAAUUGGCUUUCUGAAGACAUUCUUAAAAAUGAUAUGUUCAAAAGAGAAUUUACUGUUCCUAAACGGGAAAUCGUGAUAUAUGUCCAAUUCUCUGAUAAAAAGAAUCGAUCAAGCUAUGAUGGACUAUACAAGUAUUCAGUUCAUUAA